AAAGCACGAGCUCACCCUUCUUCUCUUUCUCGAGGCUUUCCAUUACGUUGUUCAUGGGGAUUCCCGGUGACGAGAUCCUCUCCAGGGUCGCUACGGGCGAUGGCCACGGUGAGAACACCUCGUACUUCGAUGGCUGGAAGGCCUACGAUAAUGAUCCUUUCCACCCGAUUCAUAAUCCCAAUGGUGUCAUCCAAAUGGGACUCGCAGAAAACCAGCUCUGCUUGGACUUGAUGCGAGAUUGGAUCAGGAAGAAUCCACAGGCUUCUAUAUGCACCAAGGAGGGCGUUUCAGAGUUCGAAGCCAUCGCUAACUUCCAGGACUACCAUGGCCUGCCGGACUUCCGUAAGGCCAUUGCCAAGUUCAUGGAGAAAGCGAGAGGAGGACGAGCCAGGUUCGACCCGGAGCGCAUAGUGAUGAGCGGUGGAGCCACCGGAGCUCAAGAAACGAUCGCAUUUUGUCUGGCCAAUCCCGGGGACGCCUUCCUCAUUCCGACGCCAUACUACCCAGCGUUCGAUCGAGACUUCAGGUGGAGAACUGGAGUUCAGCUCCUCCCUAUUCGCUGCCACAGUCACGACAACUUCAAGAUCACCGAAGCCGAGCUUGCUGCUGCCUACCGGAAGGCGCGCGACUCUAAGAUCAGGGUUAAAGGAAUACUAAUAACCAACCCGUCGAAUCCUCUGGGCACAACCAUGGACAGGGAGACGCUAAGAACCCUAGUAAGAUUCGCGAACGAGGAAAGGAUCCACCUAGUCUGCGACGAGAUCUUCUCCGGCACAGUCUUCGACGGGCCGGAAUAUGUCAGUGUGGCGGAGAUAUUGCAAGAGGAUCCGUCGACCUGCGACGGAGACCUAAUCCACAUCGUCUACAGCCUGUCGAAGGACCUCGGCGUCCCCGGAUUCCGUGUCGGCAUCAUAUACUCGUUCAACGACGCGGUGGUCAGCUGCGCUCGGAGGAUGUCCAGCUUCGGACUGGUCUCGACGCAGACUCAACGCCUGCUUGCUUCCAUGCUGGGAGACGACGACUUCACCACCGACCUCUUGGCGGAGAGCAGGAGGAGAUUAAUGCACAGGCACAGGACGUUUACUGCCGGCCUCGAAGGCGUCGGCAUUCGUUGCUUACAGAGCAACGCCGGACUAUUCUGCUGGAUGAGCUUGAAGCCUCUGCUGAAAGACGCCACGGCGGAGGGCGAGGUCGAGCUGUGGCGGGUGAUAGUGAACGAGGUGAAGCUCAACAUCUCUCCGGGGUCCUCGUUCCACUGCACCGAGCCGGGGUGGUUCAGGGCGUGCUUUGCCAACAUGGACGAGGAGACCAUGGAGACGGCCCUGCGGCGGAUCAGGACGUUCGUGCGCCGGGCGAACGACGCAGCUACUGCCGCCAAGACCAAGAAGAGGUGGGACACAUCGCUUCGCCUGAGCUUGCCACGAAGGUUCGAGGAGAUGACCGUCCUGACACCGCGUCUGAUGUCUCCUCGCUCUCCGCUCGUUCAGGCCGCCACCUGACCUGUUGACCGAAACACAAGUGCUGAUCAUCUUCUUCUUUCUCUGCGCAUUGGCCUCGACAUUGACCGAAACACAAGUUCUCCGGAUGUCAUGAGGUUAAGUUAUAUUGAUGUUUAGUUUUGAUAGAAAUAAAAUACAAAGGAGUAGAAUGUAUUUAUUAAGUUAAAAUAAUACAA